UAAUUAAACUCUUUCUCUCUCACUGCGCUACGGACUCCCACGAGGGAGGAGAGCGAGUGAGGAAGGCACGAACAGAGAUUCCCUUCUCUUCUCCGUUGAUUCGAUCGAGGUGUCGGCGGAGGAAACCAAGAAAGCUGUAGGAGAGGGGGAGCGAGCGGAGACGAGAUGUUCAGGUUGAACAGGCACAAGUCCGACAGAUCCGGGGAGAAAGUCGAGUUCAGGUUCUCCAAUCUGCAAGCAUUUCAGGUUCCUAAAGGAUGGGACAGGCUUUUACUCUCUAUUAUCUCAGUAGAAACAGGAAAGACAAUUGCUAAAUCAAGCAAAGCAACAGUGCGAGGUGGAACUUGUCAAUGGACCGGGCCAGAAGUUAUAUGGAUUUCUCAAGAUGAUGCAUCAAAAGAACUUGAAGAAUCUCAGAUUAAGUUUGUUCUUUCCAUGGGUUCAGCUAGGUCUGUUAUUCUAGGAGAGAUUGUGCUGAAUUUAGCAGAUUAUCUAAGUUCAGAGGAUUCUGGCUCUCUUUUGUUGCCAUUGAAGAAGUGUGAAUCUGGAACAACACUACAGGUCAAGAUUCAGUGCACUACCCCCAUAUCAAAGUUCAGUCAUGAAAAGAAUUGGAGGGAGACUACUUCCCAUUUUGAAGGUUUAAAUACCAACAAUUUUGGCACCAGCAUCAAAUCAGAUGCUUCAGAUAGCAUAUUCAACGGAACCGCAGAAUCUUUGUCAAUCAGUCAUUCGAGUGAUAACUCUUGUCCAGAUGAACUUCAAGAUAUGGAUACAAGUUUCUUAGCAUCAGGCUCACAUUGUUGUUCCAACUCUGGAAAUGGUUCGUCAGGUGCUGGCAGGACAUUUGUUUCUCCUAGAAGUAGCUCAAAUGGGACACAAUGUCUUGGCAGACAUGACUCAGCUGGCUCCUUUAUUGGAACAGGGCCUGAAGGAGAGCUUUCAAAAUCAAAUAGGUCAUCCUUCAAUUCCAGGGUCUCAGGUUCAUCCAUUCAUGUGAACCAGAGGCAAGAUUUUGCUGCACCAAAGUCUGAAGAUGGAUACCAUACACUAUCACUAAGGUCCCGUGAUUCUUCUAUUGAUAUUGAAACUGCUGAAGAAAUGGAGGAACUUCAUGAUGAGGUUAAGAUGUGGGAGAGGCAUUCUCGGCAGUUAAAGCAUGACAUUGAGAUUUUAAAGAAGGAGAUUUCGGACAAAUCCAAGCAUCAGGUGAAUCUGGAUAUGGAACUUGCAGUUGCAUAUAAAGAGAAAAAUUCUUUGAAGCAAGAAGUUGAACAAUUAAAAAUAGCAUUAAAGGAGUCGAUCUCAAAACGAACUAAUACUGCCACUGAUGAAAGCCAAGAGAUGACAUUUUCCUUGAAAAAUCAAGACAUGAUCAAUAUGCAGGAGGAACUCAAAGAUGAACUGAAGCUUCUCAAAGAGUCUAAUGCCACUUUGACUCUACAGUUGAGUAAAAGUCAAGAAUCAAAUAUUGAGCUUGUAUGUAUCGUUCAGGAUUUGGAACAGACCAUAGAAAAACAAAAAUUGGAGUCAGAAAAAUUUUCGCAGAAGAACCAUGAGACCAUAAAUGAAGAAAUCCUGCAGGGUCAAAAUUUGUUGGACAGAGAAGCUGAACAUGCAAGCAAGUUAUUUCUAAAAGAAGAAGAAAUCUUUAAGUUUGAGAAGUUAUCUAACACGCCCAAUACACAACAGACAAAUCAAAUUGAAUUGAAAAGAAGUUACUCUGAUCUGAAAAGAGAAAUUGAGGUCUUGAAAGCAAAAUUACAGGAGGUGGAGAAAGACCAAGUUAAACUUACAGAUGAGAACCUAGAUCUCACAUUCAAGAUGAAGGAACUUUACAAGGACAUCAGGGAAGAAAAAGAUUCACAUGGAUUUAGGUCUAGUGAGUCUCAGGGUUUUAUAUCAAAAGAUGAAUUAGAGUUGCAUAUAACUAAACUGGAACAGGAGAACGCACAAUUAUUAGAACAUAUAUCUGGGUUAGAAACUCAUUUGGGGGGUUUAACAAAUGCUAAACAGUCUACCCAACUGGAACUAGAAAAUUCCAGAUCACUUAUAUCAGAUCUGAAGGAGGAAAUUGAACGAAAGCAAGCUGAAGUUGAAAUGCAGCAAAUGGAUGCAAAUCAGAGACUACGGAAGUCACAAAAACUAUUGUCAGAAGCGCUACAGGAAUAUGAUAUUUUGAAGAUAUCUAAUUCAAGUUUACAAGCUAGCAUCGAUAGCCUUAUUGAGGAAUGCAGCUCUCUUCAGAAUCUGAAUGCAGACCUGAAGAUGCAGAAAAUGGAGUUGCAUGACCAUGUUAUGCAUCUAGAAGUUGAGUUGGAUCAAUCACGAAAAAAGGUCUCUGAAUUUUCUAACCAAGUUAAAAAUAUAGAGGCAAAACUUUCCUCACUGCAAAUAGGCAUUGCUUCAAAGGAGAAGUCAUUGCUGUCACAGCUUGAGAAUCUUUUUCAAGAACAUAAGGAAUUUAAAAAGAAACUAUCCCAGACACAUGCCAUGUUAAAGAAGAUAGAAUCAGACAAGACAUCCAAAACAGAGAACCUUCAGAGAGAGCUUGCACAUCUCUCUGAACAGAUAUCAUCAGACCAUAGGGAACAAGAACCAAUCACAUCAGAUGCAAAAGAAGCAUCAUGUGCUAAUGGAGCAGGGUCAAAGAGUGAAAUUUGUCAGAUGCAGAGAGAAAACAAUGAAUACAGAAGGAUGAUACGGUCUCUUCAGGAUGAAAUUGAUAAGUUAAUGAGGAAAACACAGCUUAUGGAGAAGGAACUGAUGCUAAUAAAUGAGCACAAGCAGGAUGAUAAAGUUUGCAGUGAGGUCAAUGAAAAGCCACAUGGAACGGGAACGUCACAUGUUACUGAAGUUUAUAGAGAAUCAAAGACCCAGCAACAUGGAUUGGAAUUUGCUGAGGUUAUGGAGUCUAAUAACAUGCUUAAACUGCAAGCGAAAAGAUUUUCCACCGAGGAACAAAUUGAUGACUCUGAGAUCCUCAAGAAAAUUAUGACUGAGAACAAGACAAUGACAACCGACACAAACAAGAUAGCGUCUUUAGAGGCAGAGCUAAAAGAUAUGAAAGAGCGUUACCUCCAUAUGAGUCUCCAAUAUGCACAAGUGGAGGCUCAGCGGGAAGAACUGGUGUUGAAGCUUAAAUCUAUGCAAAAAGAAAGGAGGUGGUUCUCGUGAAAAUUGGCAGCCUCAACAGGUCACUUCUGAAUAUACUAGUUUCACGUUCCUUUUCUUUAUUGUUCCUAUAUUUAUUAUCUUGUAAUCGGAAGGGAAGGAUUAAGCAUCGACUUUUACACAA